CACGUACGGUGGAUGCGUGCGCUCGCGCUCAUGACAAAGAACAACACACACACACACACACACACACGCCUAUAUGCAUCUAUGGCGGAUUAAACAAAGAAGCGUCUCGCGCACAGCCCUUGUCCUACAUUUUUGACGCCGCUGCUCUUUAACACACCAGUUUCCAGACCAAACAGCACAAUAACAGCCAUUAAAGCCACAGAGCUCUGAGAAUCCAGAGCAUUUUCACCAUGACAUUUCUGUCUUGUUUGGGAUUGGGGUUGUGUUUGUGCACUCCGUGUGUUUAUUGUCAGUCAGCUGCUUGAGCUCAAUAUGCUAUUUUUUCUCCCCCAAAGGGAAGCUUUGGGAAGCAUCUGACCUCGUAAAAGAAGAAUCAGAGUCGCAGCGUCGCCGCCGUCCCCAAUGAAGGAGCCGGACGCCAUCAAGCUCUUCAUCGGCCAGAUCCCUCGCAAUCUGGAGGAGAAGGACCUCAAGCCUAUCUUUGAGCAGUUUGGCAAGAUCUACGAACUGACCGUGAUCAAGGACAAGUACACGGGCAUGCACAAAGGAUGCGCCUUCUUGACGUACUGUGCCAGAGAGUCUGCACUGAAAGCCCAAAAUGCGUUACACGAGCAGAAGACAUUGCCAGGGAUGAACCGACCCAUUCAGGUGAAGCCAGCAGACAGUGAGGGCCGUGGAGACAGGAAGCUGUUUGUGGGAAUGCUGGGAAAACAGCAGUCAGACGCCGAUGUGAGAAAAAUGUUCGAACCGUUUGGCAGUAUAGAGGAGUGUACCGUGCUCAGAGGUCCAGACGGAGCCAGUAAAGGUUGUGCGUUUGUGAAAUACCAGAGCAAUGCAGAAGCUCAAGCGGCUAUUAAUGCUCUUCACGGCAGCCGCACUCUACCGGGGGCCUCUUCUAGUCUGGUGGUGAAGUUUGCAGAUACGGAGAAGGAACGAGGCAUCAGGCGCAUGCAGCAGGUCGCAUCUCAGCUGGGUGUCAUCAGCCCCAUGAGCCUCCACCUGGGGGCCUACAACGCUUACACACAGGCUCUGGUUCAGCAGCAGGCUUUGGUAGCUCAGUCCGCCUAUCUAUCUCCCGUGGCGACGGUUGCCGCGGUGCAGAUGCAGCAGUUGGCCGCUCUUAACCCGAGCAGCAUCAUAGCGACGCCCAUCGCGUCCAUCACGCCAUCUUCAGGUGCGAGUACUCCUCCAGCCAUUGCCGCCACACCAGUGCCUGCUCUCCCUCCACCAAUUGCGGUGAACAGUUACCCGGCUGUACCUGCCCCACCCAGCGGCCAGUCGGCUUCUGAAACCCUGUACACCAACGGCGUCCACCAGUAUCAAGCUCAGAGUCCUGCUUUGGAUCCUCUUCAGCAAGCCUACACUGGAAUGCAGCAUUACACUGCCACAUAUCCUGCUGCUUACGGUUUAGUCGGUCAGCCUUUCCCCCAUCAGCCCACGCUAGUCGCUCAGCAAACCCAGCAGCCCCAGCAGCUGCAGCAGCGAGAAGGUCCCGAGGGAUGUAAUAUCUUCAUCUAUCACCUGCCGCAGGAGUUCACAGACUCUGAGAUGCUGCAAAUGUUUCUGCCCUUCGGCAACGUCAUCUCAGCCAAGGUCUUCGUCGACCGUGCGACCAAUCAGAGCAAAUGCUUCGGCUUUGUAAGCUUCGACAACCCCGCCAGCGCUCAGACUGCCAUCCAGGCCAUGAAUGGAUUUCAGAUUGGCAUGAAAAGACUGAAAGUGCAGCUGAAAAGGCCCAAAGAUGCCAACCGCCCAUACUAACAUGGCCAGGUGAGAGAGAGAGAGUGAGAGAGAGAGAGAGAGAGAGAGAGAGAGAGAAUGAAAGAGAGAAAGAGAGAGAAAACGGGAUGAAAAGAACAAUUGUAGAUGAUUAUUAGAGCAUGAUGAAUCUUAAUGAAGGCGUGAAGCCAUCCCUCAGCGUCCAGGAUUUCAGUGAGUUAAAUGUAAAUAAAUAUCUAAACGCUGAGGAAGGGCUUCUCACGGCAGAUGAUUACAUGACGUGUAUUAUGAACUAAAAAAAAACAAACAAAUUAUCUGUUUAACCUUUUUGGAAGAAAUGCUGUAAAGUGACAAUAAUUGAUUUAUACUUUUCAUUUAUUUAUUUAUUUUUUUGUUUUUGUUUUGUUUUUGUGCUGUGUCAUCGCUCAUUCUCCUGAAAACAAACAAACAAACGAACAAACAAACCAAAAAAUCCCCAACCCAAGGCUGCCCUGGCCAAUCAUAACUCGUGCCCGGAGACUACGUCGCUAUGGCUACGGUGGCCAUAGCAACCAAUAAAGCUUCCCCCUUCCUGUCACAGCGUUUGUUGUAAGUUGAUUGGCCUGUGUUGGUUGCUGUGGCGAUAUUCCUGCCUGUGAUGGUUGCGUUAGCAGUUUUUUUUUUGUUUCCUUUUCUAUAUCUAUUUAUUUAUUUUCCUUUGGCCCUCUUGUCUUCUUCUUAUCCUCCAUGCUGAAGAGUGCAUGGCGGGUCACUGUGGUGAAAAUGGAGUGUGUUUGGUGCGUCGUGCCUUUCUCUUUUUUUGUUUUGUAAAACAAAUACUGAUCAAUGACACACUACACUUCGAGUUCUGUAACCUGUAACCAGCUUAAAGCGGCUAAUCCAAAGUCAUCCAAAGCUUUAUUAUAUACAAGCACUUUGUUUGAUCAGCCAUUUUGAAUGCCCUAGUGUUUUGGGUGGAUUUUGUUUUUGAUCAGUCCUCCUCUGUGUUUCGUUUGGCCCAUAUGUAGUCUGGUGGUGUUUUAGUUUUUUUGUUUUCUUUUGUGAACGUGGGGGAUUCGGUGUGUAUCCGAUGACAGGAAAAGUUUGUGCUAGUGGGUAUGGUGUAUCGUCCCAGUGAGUGCGAGAAUGAAUUGAAGUGUGUGUGUGUUUAGAGAGAGAGAGAGAGAGAGAGAGAGAGAAAAACGAGAGAAUGCUGGAACAAUUCAUUCACUAUCUCUCAAACCUCUUGCGUGAGGCUUGAGGUGACGGCAUUGUGCUGAUUGAUGAGCGGCGUUUCCCUGUAGGAAUUCUGGGUUUUGUAGUGGACAAAAUGCAUGCUUUUAUUCGUUUAAAAAAAAUUAAAAAAUCUUGUAUGUAUAUAUUUCACUCCCUCCAGGAUUCCAAUAAAUAUUUUUUCAGAAUUAUCGCAGCCAUUUUUGCUUAAUUUUUGUAAAAAUUUCAAGCACAGGAUUCUCACAACUAAAAAAUACAUAUAUAAGUACUUUCUAUAAGAGCUGAAUGACCGGAUGCUGUGACGAUGCAUCUCGGUCCGGAUCUGCAGAUCUUUUUAUCGGAAUCGGAAAAUCCUGCAGGGACUGAUGUAUAUGAUUAUCCAUAAAAGUUAAACCUAUUAGCGAUUGCAAAAAUAAAUAUAUAUAUAUAUAUACGGUACAGCCCAGAAUUCCUACGGUGCAUGUUGGAAAUUUUGUAUGCCUGCCAGAAGCCUUUCCCACUGAGACACUAACACUAAAACACACAUUUUUUGAUCACACACCCAUUUUUCUUUACCGGCUUUAUUCCACCUUAAUUGCAUGGAAGUAUGGUAAGCGUAAGCUCACUGCUAAAUGCUCCAGCACACGUUCCCAUGUUUUGUUUUUUUUUGUUGUUGUUUUCCUGUGUCCUCGCUUUCGGGAAUCAUUUCCAAACAUCUAACUCUUUUUUUUCCCCCCAUUUCUCUCUUCUUUACCCCCUUUUUCCUUUCUAUUGUAGGUUUAGAAAGAAAAAAAAAACACACAAGAAGACCGAAGAAGUUGGUUUGGAGAAAAAAAAAAAAAGAAAAGAAAAGAAAAA